CACUCACCCUCCCUCACUCACUCUUCGCCUCUCGCAACGCACCCUGGCCUAAUUCAUCGGGUUAUGAAAGCUGCCUGCACGCUGCUAUGUUUGUUCCGCUCUCCGUCCCCUUUCUGUUUCAGCGAGCCGGCUCCGAGCACACAUGGCCCUUUAAGUCGCCUCUGUCCCUGGCAGGUGCUGACGAAAUAAGAAUGUCUAAACCGGGACACCUCGGGAAAUUGCACACAGAAGGCGGAGUCGCAGACAAUGAACGGAAUGGCGCGGACGCCCUACAUGAGGUGCAGCAAAGCAAGGGAGCGUCUCCCUUCUCCCUCUCUCCAAAGAUUACAGAUGAAGAAUGUGGGGAAAGAUCCCCGUCUCUCCCUGGCACUCCAGUUCCCCCAAUGCCUUCUGCCCCACCUACCCCACAGGCUCCUUCUGCCCCACAGCAACCACCUACCUCCCUCCCACAGACACAGCUUCUCCUCGCUGGCAGCCAGCUUGCUGGGCUCACUGCCCUCCUCCCUGCACAGCAGCAGCUGCUCCUCCAGCAAGCUCAGCUCCUUGCCGCCGCUGUCCAGCAGUCCAAUGCUGCCGCUGCCGCCAGCGCCUCCCAGUCUGGGUCUGAUGCCCAGACUAACCCCAGCAGCCAACAGCAACCCCACCAACUUGCUUUGUCCCAACCCAUCCACCUCACUGCACAGGAUAUUCAGCAGUUGUUACAACUCCAGCAGCUUGUUCUUGUUCCCGGGCAUCAUCUCCAGUCCCCUACACAGUUCCUGCUACCCCAGGCAGGACAAGGCCAGCAAGGCCUCCUAUCUGCACCAAAUCUCUUCCAGCUACCUCAACAAAGCCAGGGGAAUCUUAUUCCGGGUCAGCCAAGGUCUGGACUUCCCACUCAGGCUGUGCCCCGUCCCGGGCCCCAGGAUGCCCCCAUACUGUCACACACAGAGCCAGCGUCUCAUCCCGAGGAGCCCAGUGAUCUGGAGGAGCUGGAGCAGUUUGCUCGAACAUUUAAGCAGCGUAGAAUCAAGCUGGGAUUCACUCAGGGGGAUGUUGGCCUGGCUAUGGGCAAACUGUAUGGCAACGAUUUCUCUCAGACAACCAUUUCCCGAUUUGAGGCACUUAACUUAAGUUUCAAGAACAUGUGCAAGCUUAAACCACUGUUACAAAAGUGGCUGAGCGAUGCAGAAUCUAUGUCUGUGGAUAGCACUCUACCUAGUCCCAACCCACUGAGCAGCCCCGGGGGAGGGUACGAAGGACUCCCUGGCCGCAGACGCAAGAAACGCACCAGCAUCGAGACCAACGUGCGCUUCGCACUCGAGAAAAGUUUUAUUGCGAACCAGAAACCUACCUCCGAGGAGAUCCUUGUGAUUGCUGAGCAGCUGAACAUGGAGAAAGAAGUGAUCCGUGUGUGGUUCUGCAACCGCCGGCAGAAAGAGAAGCGCAUCAACCCGUGCAGCAGCAUGGCGCUCAUCCCCACCACCCAGAGCAAAGGGCACAUGUAUGGAACGCAUAUGGUGCCCCCCCCGGUGUCUGCCCCCACGCUCACUUCCCAGGCUUCCAGUAUUCUCAGCACAACAGUGACUACCUUACCCUCCGCUCUGGGGUCUCUUGUCCACCCUCGUCCACCUUCCAACACAGCACCCCCCUCUGCCACACCCCCACCAAGCAACAGCACAAGCGCCAGCCCCCAAAGCAGCACUCAUUCUGGGCUCAGCCUGACAGGACUUAGCCCUAAUACAGGGGGCACAGUGCUCGGGGUCAGUCCGGGGUUGAACCCGGCCCUCAUGGCUGGAAACCCACUGGCCACCAUACAAGCUCUGACCAGUGGUGGCUCCCUGCCACUCUCCGGUCUUGAUGCCAGCGGUAACCUUAUCCUUGCCAGCGGUUCCAGCAUUUCCAACUCGCCUAGCCUGGUGAGUCCUCCGCUCUUCCUGAACCCUGGAGGUCUCCCCCUCAUCGGCCACGGCAUGGGACGCAUUGCAUCUGCUGGUGGCACCCCAAGCCUCUCCCCGGCCUCCACCACUUCCUCCGGAGACGCUGCCAUGACCUCCUUCCAGCACAGCCCAGGGGGAUCCCAGCACAGCGGGGAGAGCGAUUGAGAGAAGAAUCCUCUCUCCCCCCUUUUUUAACCUCCACCAGCACCCAUGCUGAGUCUCUACAUACCUGGGGGCUCCUGGAUACCACAAGGGCGAUAGAGGCAUGAGCGUGUUUCCAGAAGGCGCUGCCUCUCGCCCCUUUUUAUUCCUCCCAGCAAAG